CGACAUAGUCGUGCUCAAGUGUGCCACAUCUCAGUGAUGAGCAGUGGCAUGAUCUGAACAUGCGAUGCCAGAUAGCGACUUGACUUCAGUGGUUCCCGCGCAGCUCUCAUUCCUUGCGAUAUACAGCCCCCUCCUCGGACCGACAGACGAAAGUAUCGGCGACCAGGUUGUUUUUUACACCUCCAGAACAGAGCGAUCACGACGAAAUGAACGAUCGGCUGUCGGUAACGAUGAUGCAAAGCUUACUGAGGGACAAAAUGAGAGGCUGCGCCAGAUAGGACUGGCGCAGGGAAUGGUCAGCUUCGCCAGGUUCGAAUCACAACGUUUGCAGAGGCUGAAUAAAGCUGAGAUGGUACUCCAGGAAUUUUUCCCAGGGUAAAUCGGUCGAUUAUGUGGAGACAGAAAAAUCGACCGUCAUACUACAUGAGUUGGAGGAAAAUUGGUGGAUACUAGCAUCGAUAGAUCUCACUAGGCUUCCCAAUGAUUCAGCAAGUGGCGCUGCCUC